GCAUAUAUAAUUGCCUGUACAAUCAUAAUGAAGCAGCAAACCAUCUUCUUUACAGCGAAUAAACACAUAGUUGGAUUGUAAUCUUUUACUUAUCCACGUCUUAGGAAAUCUCACACUGCUCUACACAAAAGUGCCCACAGGUCUAUGCAGUCCUUGCAGAACAGGAACCCAUUACGGCACGUUUUCAUGAAGUAUUUGCAGGGAUUGAUUUGGCGCAAGAUUUUUCACUUAAACCGGAAAACAUCCAUUUUGAUUUUGGGCCGACCCGGAACAAAUUCCACUGUCAGAUUGGAACAGAAGAUCAAAGCCCAUUCCGACACCACAGUGGCCCAGACGAGCCCACUCAAGAUAAAAGAGCUGAGGCCCAGCCCAGUAGCCCACGUCCUCCACCGUGCCGACUACUUCCUCGCUCACCUUGGAGCGGCGGCGCGCACCGCACCGCACCUUGGAGUUGGAGCGUCCAUAUGCCGGCGAGCCGCCACUGCCCGACCCGACAGCCCCUCCUGCUCCUAGCCGCCGCGGUCGUCCGCUGCAUCAGACCGCGCCGGCUCCAGGGCAACGCCGCGUCUCACGGCCCUGUCCCGCUCCAGACCGGCGGGCCCUGCGACCCCGCCCAACGGCGCCGCUCCUCCUGCGGCAAGCAGCUACACGGCCGGCCUCUUGCUCCUGCACAAGCUCAUGGAUUUGCCAGGUCCCCGAUGGAAGAAGGGCAAGGACGGCAAGGACUUCGCAGCACUCGCAGCAGAAAAGCCCAUGUCCAGCAUAGUCGCCGAGCUCCAGGCUUCACUGAGGGACUCAGAAGCCGUGGCGACUCUAGCUGCGCACACCAGGGACGCGAUUCUCAUGGUCGGGCGACGCCAAGCAAAGCUUCUGAACUGCGCCUCCUUUGGCCGCGCCGUGUCUAGUGCAGGCACAGGCGCGGCGGAGAGGCACUGGUUCCAGCUGGGCCCUGAGGAGGUGUUCUUCCUUUGCCAUGCCCUCAAGUGCGUCACGGUUGAGUCGGAGAAGAAGGCGCGGAUAGGUGCGCCGGAGCUGUGGGAUCUCUUGGCGUCCGCCUCGGAGCGAUUCCCGGAGAUUUACAAGGCGUAUCAGCACCUUAGGCUGAAGAACUGGGUUGUAAAGUCAGGAUUGCAGUACGGGGCGGAGUUUGUAGCUUACCGUCAUCAUCCUGCACUUGUGCACUCGGAGUUUGCGGUGACUGUGGUUCCAGAAGGGAAAGCAUUCGGCACUAGGUGUAGCCGCAUGAAGGUCUGGUCUGAACUACUCUGUGCGCUUCGGGCCUCUGGAAGUGUGGCCAAGACGGUACUUGUUCUGACCAUCAGCACCGAGAGCUCCGAGCUGGGAUCCUUGGAUUGUUUGGAACAGAUGAUUGUUCAUGAGAGGAUGAUCACGAGAUGGAUACCACAGCAGUGCCGUGAACAACAAGACAAACCAAGCAGAGAAGAAACCAGCAGGGAUGGGCAAAGACAAAAAUUUUGCAGAGAAGUAACAAGCAACGAAGAACAAGAGCAUGCAAGUGGGGGUGUAGUGUUUAGCUAUUGGGGUGUAGUGCUAAGCUUUACAAUUCUUUGUAGCUUGCUUGUCUACAAGCUGAAAUCUUGACUGAAGAGCUUCAUAUUUCUGUAUACUCAUGUUAAUGAACAUGAAUAUUGCAAUUGCAACUCUAUGAUGGUACUUUGUUGUGAUUCUCA